AUGGCCUCACAAACGGCUGCGGGUUCGGAAGACCUGCCUCCCGUCGAUAUCAAGCCACUUCUGGCCAAGAUGUGGCCCAACGACAGCCGUGUGACGGCGGAUGAGAUUGCGGAAGCCAUCUCGCACUUUUUCACAAAUCAGGUCACCCCUGCACAGACGGCCUCGCUUCUCAUGGCGCUGCACUUUACGCAGAUGGACUUUCAGCCCGAGGUUCUCGCCAAGUGCGCCGCCGCCAUGCUCAAAGCCGCCGCGCCCAUCCCCGUGGAUGAGCUCAAUGCAGUCAUUUCGAAGCGUGGACACAAGGAGGGCGACUACAAUGGUGGACUUUGUGACAUUGUCGGAACUGGAGGUGACUCGCACAACACAUUCAACAUCAGCACAACUGCCUCCAUAAUAGGCUCGGCUUUGAUUCUCGUCUCAAAGCACGGCAACAAGGCCAGCACAUCCAAAUCUGGCAGCGCCGACCUCAUUGCCAAGAUGCAACCUCGCGCUCCUGUCGUUGCAGCCGUCACGCCAGAGAACCUGGCCAAGGUCUAUGCCGCCACAAACUACAGUUUCCUUUUUGCGCCCCUCUUCCACACGGGCAUGCGCUACGUGGCGCCCAUACGCAAACAGCUCCCCUGGAGAACAAUCUUCAACAACGUCGGCCCGCUCGCCAACCCUGUUGAGGCUGUCCUCGAAUGCCGCGUCAUUGGCGUUGGCCGCAAGGAUCUUGGCCCUGCCUUUGCCGAGGCCCUGCGCUCCUCUGGCUGCCGCAAGGCCAUGAUUGUCUGCGGCGACGAGGAUCUUGACGAGCUGAGCUGCGCCGGCAAGUCACACUGCUGGAUGCUCAAGGAGAAGACGCCCGGCGGCGAGAUCUACGUCGAUAACUUUACCGUCGAGCCCAGCGAUUUCGGGGUCUCCACGCACGCCCUGACCGAGGUGUCUUCUGGAAAGGAACCGGAAGAGAACGCGGCGAUUCUGCAGCGCAUCCUGCACGGGGAGUUUCCCGACAACGACCCGCUCGUCGAGUUUGUCCUCAUCAACGCCGCAGCCCUCUUUGUCGUCUCGGGCAUCUGCGAGGCUGACUCGAGCAGCAUGGGCACUGGCGAUGACGGAAAGGUGGUUACUGAACGCGGCCCCGGCGGUCAGCGCUGGAAGGAGGGCGUUCGCCGCGCCAAGUGGGCGAUUCACAGCGGCGAGGCCUGGAAGCAGUGGUCUGCCUUUGUCGACAUUACGAAUGAGUUGGGAGCAUAG